CAGGCAGCCAGUGGAAGAGUCUCACCCAAGUCCAGAACCCCAAGUGCAGGCAGCAUGGCCUCGUGGGCCUGCCUGGUAGCCUGUGUGCUGGCUAUGUGCCUGGGCUCCGCCUUGCCAGAGAGUGUGUGCAAAGCUCCUGAUGGGCAGCCGGGGCAGCCUGGAGCCCCAGGUCUGAAUGGGCGCCCAGGACCUAAGGGGGAUCCUGGUGAAAAAGGGGCACCAGGAGCCAGGACAGGAGUCCGUGGCCUCAAAGGGGAUGAGGGUGAACCUGGUUCUCCUGGAAAACCUGGAAAUAGAGGUUUUGGAGGUCCCCCUGGUCCCCAAGGACCCCAGGGAAUACCUGGACAGAAGGGUCCCAAGGGAGAGAUGGGAAGCAUUCAAAACCAACUCAAACCAGCCUUCUCAGCAGUCCGGAAGAACCCACAGGAGAAUGGGAAUGUGGUCAUAUUCAACAACAUCAUCACCAACCAGGAAGACCGCUACCAGAGCGACACGGGCAAGUUUAUCUGCAAUUUCCCUGGCUACUACUACUUUACCUUCCAUGUGGUGUCCAAUGGGGACCUUUGCCUCUUCAUCGUGUCCUCCAAAGGAGGCCAGUCCAAGCGCUCCUUGGGCUUCUGUGACAGCAACAGUAAGGGGAUCUACCAGGUCAACUCUGGUGGCACAGUGCUGAAGCUCACAGAGGGCGAUCAGGUGUGGAUCGAAAAGGAUCCCCAGAGGGGCAGCAGGAUCUACAGUGGUAACGAUGCAGACAGUGUCUUCAGUGGCUUUCUACUCUUCCCUUCCAACUGAACUUGGGGCCGUAGGGUACAGAAGCUUGGGAGAGCCAGCAAAGGCCAGCCUUUCAGCUUGGACCCUUCUAUUACUUUCCACUUAUAUGGGAUUAUACCUGUAGAGCUGCAGGGAACCUCAGGAGUCACAUCCAAUGCCUUGAUUUUACAGAUGAGGGAACAGAUAAAACUGUCAGAGAAGUUUAGUGACUUGCCCAGAGCUGCACAGCCUGGAAAGGUCUGAAACAAAAUCCACACCCAGGGCUCUGCCCCCUAAGCCAGGCUAUCUACCUCUUGGGCAAGUCAUUUAACAACAACCGCAUCUAUUUUUCUAGCACUUUAGUAACUUCCCAAAAUAUUAUAGUCACAAAUAACCCAUGAGGUAGAGAGCAAAAGGGUCAUUAGCCUCACUCAUCAGAUGGGGAAAUUAAGGCUAGAAUAGAGGUAACAGCUUGCCAGAAGCUACAGUACCAGUAUCAGAGCUGGUAUUUGAGCCUGGCAGUCUUUGCACUUUCCCACAUGGGCUCCACUCUUGAAUACAAUUCUCCCGCCCUUUCUGUAAAAUGCAAGAAUCAUCCCUCGAUGGCUUGAAGGAAGGAGGGGCUGGGCCAGGUGACGGAUCUCCUAAGACCCUUUCCUGAUCUGGGAUCUAGAAAGCUCUCUCUGCCCUUAAGCCCCUAAUCCCACAGCAGCUUCCUUCUGCCCAACCCAAGGGCCAUCAAAGCAAGCAAUGUCUGCAGGAGCAAGAGUGCCCAAAGCCGCCAUCUUUGCCUAAGCCUGUCUACCCCUCUGCUUGGCUCUCCCAACUCUAAAAAAGCUCCUUUUCAGAACUAGGGUAUCCCUGAAAUGUCUUCCCUUCUGAAUCCGGUCUCCCUGGUAGGUUGGACAUUGCCUCUCUCCUCUGCAGCUCUGGGCCCAUCUGGUCACUCCUUCCAAGACACCCUACCCACCCCUGCACCCCCAGGGCCGAGGGGAGCCAGGUUUCCUGGUCUCCUCAGCACAGCAUGUAGCCACUUGAACUGAGGUUAUAUUGAAUAAACAAUGACAUUUGGUUC